CCACAACUCCUGUUAAUCACCACCUGUAAUCCUCAUCCACCAUCAUCAUGAAGCGAACACUAAAUGAUUUCUUACAAACCUCAGAUAAAAAGAAACAAUCAACUCUCAAGAAGAUAAAAAGUAAUUCCGAAGUUUCUGGUGCGCCAGUAAAACAAAUUUCUUCUUAUAAAACGGAUUCGGAAAUUGGUGGUUUAUAUAUUAUUGAGAAUAUUAUUGAUGUGGCAGAAGAACGAAAAUUAGUAAAAUUCAUUGAUUCUCAAAAGUGGAACGAUGAAAUAUCGAGAAGGACUCAACAUUAUGGAGUUUCUUAUAAUUAUGGCGCAAGAGGUGUUAAGGAAGCUCUGAAAGUGCCACCAGUUCCAUCAGAAUUUUCAGAUUUACUGGAAGAAAUUAAGAAUAAGGAAGGAUUGGAUUCUAUUCGAAAUUUGAUGGAAGGAAUUGAUUUUAAACAAGUCAUAAUCAAUGAAUACAAGGGAGCCAAGCAAGGCAUCUCAAAACAUGUUGAUCAUUGUCAAGAUUUUGGUCCUCUAAUAUUAAUUCUCAGUUUGGGUGAUGAAUGCGUAAUGAAAUUCCACAAAUUAGAACAAGUGAAAGAAGAAGAUUUGAAAAAGAAAAAAGUGAAACGAACAGAAGUAUCACCAUCAGAAUGUUACGAUAGAAGAAUGCCCAGAAGAUCACUCAUUAUUCUCUCAGGAGAUGCCAGAUAUCAAUAUCAACAUGAAAUUCCCAAAACAAUGGUCUUUAAAAUUGAUGGUAAACAAUUCUUGAAAAGAAGUGAAAGUUACCGAAGAGUUUCCAUCACUUAUAGAUCCCUAACAACAGAUUGAAACUAAUUACAAUAGUGCAAAUAUGAUUUUUCACACUGUAUACCACAGAGAUAAUCCAAACUUGUAAAAUUGUUCAAAUUUCCAAGGAGAUUAAUAAACAGUAACACUAUUCAACGAUUACC